AUGGUAAACCCAAAAAAGAAGGACUGCAAACGUGUUCUCGCAAAUUGGACUUGCUCGUCUGACAGUUGUCAAAAUGAAUGGACUGGUUCGACUUGGAUUUUAAAUGGAAAGAACCAAGAAGGAACUUAUAAAGACCUGGUCAAAGGCGACUAUAUCGAACAAAAGUGUAGAACCUGCGAUAAUAAAUACAACGAGCUGACCAGUUAUGGGCCUUACUUCUUCGAACGUUUAAUAUAUGAAGAUGAAGAAAUGAAAAAAUGGUAUCGUGUUUUUGGAGAAUGGGACUGCAACCGCGAUACAUGCACGAAAAAGUGGACCAGCUCUUAUACGUGGGUUUUGCUCCAAAAAUAUCUGGAUGGCGUUCUCGCGUCAGAUCUGAACCGUGGUGAUUAUUUUAUGCAGUAUUGUAAGGAUUGUAAUAAUGUUAACAAUAAACUGAAUGAGGUUAAUAGUGAUAUCAAAACAGAAAGUGGAAUAGUGACUUUUUUCGAUAAUAACUGUGGACAAUUUAAGGUCAUUGAGACCACGCUGACGAAAUUAUAUGUAGACGAGUGUUGGUAG